UCCUUCACUUGUAAAACAUUCCGGCAUCCUAGUUUCUCAGUGUGCUCUUCGUGUGUUCCUGUCUGUUUCCAAAUUUAGUUUUUCCUUUCCUUUAAAUUUCUUCGCUCUUUGUUUUAUUUUUCUCAACAAUGGCAGACGGGAACAUGAGUGCCUCUCACGUUUCGAUCGUUGACAUGGAAGUUCCAUGCGACAAAACGUCGUCGUCUUCUUCGUCUUCGUCGUCGUCGCCUCCUAUGUUCGAAAUUGAGGUUAAGGCGACGUUUAUCAUCGUGGAGAAAAAUACCGGCGCAGGAGAUGAAAUGUUUGUCGAGGCCGGGAGGAUUAUUUCUCACGUGAUCCACGAGUUUCCUAUGGAAGACUUGAUUAACGAUGGCAACGGUGCCGUCUCAGAUAUGCUCAACUCCAUGCGCGUCCCGGUUCAGCCGUCCAUGGUGGAAGAAAUCGCCAUCUGCGCGGUGCGCUUGGUGACGGCUGUUAGAUACAGAAACAGCAAGGUUUUGAGGAUGCAGGUGGAGAUUGAAGCGGUUGUGGAUGACGUUCCUGACUUUGGGACUGAUGAUGACACGGACGGUGAUGAUAAUGAUGCUGAUGAAGGGCCGGUGAAGGCGGAGGAACUGGCGGAGAAUGUGGGGAAGGUGGUGGUUGAGGGGUCUGGAAAGGAUUGUCCAAUCUGUUUGGAAGAGUUGGUAGUGGGUUUCGAAGCGGCGUGCAUGCCUUGCUCGCAUGUUUUUCAUGAUCAUUGCAUCGUGACUUGGCUGAAGAGGAAGAAACGCUGCCCUUGUUGCCGUUUUAAGUUGUCCGGAUGAAAUGAAUUUUAGGGUUAGAUUUUGAAAGAGAAGUUGAUGAAGGAGUUUGUUAUUGAAAAGCUUUUUCUGUUUUUCUUUUUCGUAUGGAUUUUCUUUUCCUAAAAUUAA